AGAGAGAGAGAGAGUACAGAAAGAGAGUCAGAGAGAGACACACACAUACAGAGAGAGCGAGAGAGAGUACAGAGAGAGAGAGACAGAGUGAGGAGGGUAUUGAGUCAAAGCUGGUCUGCAUGCUUCCCAGUGUGUGAGAGACAGAGAAACGUGAGAGCAGACAAGAUGGAGUGCUGGCAGAGAUGAAGACUGUCCCUGGUCCCUUUUGACAGCCCACAUGAGCGUCUCCAAACCUCCACCGCCGCCCUCCACCUCUCACCUAGCCCUCCCCCCUUCCUCCUCCUCCACCCCUUCCUCAUCUGCUUCCUCCCCCUCAGCAAUGCCCCACUCCAACCCUCUGCCCCCUCCCUCACCAGUCAAGAUCUCUAUGCAGGAGCACUUUGCCAUCAACGUGUGCCCGGGUCCCAUCCUCCCCAUCCCACAGAUCUCAGACUUCUUCCCCCGUUUCCAUGAUUACCCGUGCACACCACCACCUCCGAGGGAGAAGAAGAUCCUGAAAGAGGAGACUUUCAAUGGGGAGACAAGUGUGGGAUACAAGGACGGGGAGAGAAGGGGGGACAUCGACGAAGACAGGGAGGAGGCGCAGGACUCUGAUGAUGAUGACACCUACCUGGGAACGCUGGAGUUCAGCCUGCUCUUUGAUCAGGAGAACAACUGUCUUCAUUGUACUAUUCACAAAGCAAAGGGACUGAAAGCCAUGGACUCCAACGGACUGGCAGAUCCAUACGUCAAACUUCAUCUUCUCCCCGGGGCUAGCAAGGCAAACAAGCUUCGGACAAAAACCCUGAAGAAUACAUUGAACCCAGUGUGGAAUGAAACGCUGAUGUACCAUGGCAUCACAGCAGCUGACAUGACAACCAAAACGCUCAGGUUGUGUGUCUGUGACAUGGACAGGCUUGGACGAAAUGAAUUCAUCGGAGAGGUCAGAGUGGCGCUGAAGAAACUGAGAGAGGGUGAGAGCAAACGCUACAAUAUGGGUUUGGAGAGAAUUGCACAGAAUAAAGAAACUAACAAUCAGACUGUGGAACCGGGAGCGCUUGUUGCAGAGGAGGAGCGUGGACGCAUCCUGGUGUCACUGUGCUACAACACAGAGAAAGGCUGUCUGCUGGUUGGUAUUAUACGCUGUGCCCAUCUGGCUGCCAUGGACUCCAACGGCUAUUCUGACCCCUUCGUCAAAAUCAUCUUGCAGCCAGACAUGGGUAAAAAAUCCAAGUACAAGACCACAGUGAAGAAAAAAACUCUCAACCCUGAGUUCAAUGAGGAGUUCUCGUAUGAAGUAACCCUGGACCAGCUGGCGAAGAAAACCCUGGAGAUUACGGUGUGGGACUAUGACUUGGGAAUGAGCAACGACUUCAUAGGUGGAGUGGAGCUGGGCAUCAAUGCAAGUGGACAGAGACUCAAACACUGGUUCGAGUGUCUCAAAAACAAAGGGAAGAAAGUGGAGCACUGGCAUACGCUCACACAGCAAGGAGCCCCGAGCAGUGACAAACCGGACUAAAUUAUACAAGACAUCAUGCAUACCUAAAUCUACGCACUCACAAAUGCACACACAUACACACUUGACUUACUGAGGAGUGGUUGGAAACAGACCAAGUCAAUCAGUAAUAAGAGCAAAGGAUAAAACAUGCAAUAAUAAUAAUAAUAAUAAUGAUCAUAAUAAUAAUAGUAGUAGUAGUAAUAAUAAUAAUAACGUUGAAAAUGAAAUGCCACUCAUUAAAGCACUAAUUAUUACUAUAUGAUAUUCAUACUAAUAUUAGUGAUGGUAAUAAGGUGUAUUCUAAACACAUUUUUUAAAGGUGAACCAAAUUGUGAAAAAGUCCUCAUUAAAGAACAAGACAAUACUCGCAUAAUUGUGCAUUAGACCUUACUGUAUUGUGGAAGUUGUUCAUAGUCUGUCAUUUAAAAUUACACCGAAAGAAGUGAUUUGAGACAAAUGUGCUCAGACUUUAUUUGGUGUUAGGGGUCAACAAUUUGGACCCUAGUGACUCAGAUUGUGGUAUUUAGUUGAAAGGGCAGGGAUGUUACAAAAGGGGGAUUCUGUUCUCUCUUUUAGUGGUUGUGGAUCUGAUGCAAAACAGCACACCAUAUUAUAAAGCACAAACUAAUCCAUUUGGUGGAUUUGUACCUUUAAUGUUUCUGUGUUCUUCUGUGUUUCGUAUGUCUUUCAUUCACUUAAUGUGACAGUGGCUGUCUGUAAAUCAUCAUAUCAGUGUGUGUUCAGUGUGUGUGUGUGUGCGUGCGUGCGGGCGAGGGCUAUGAGAAUACGAGUGCCUACAUGUACUCUCUGUACAGUUUGUGUCUGCAUUCACAUCAUGUCCCGUCCAAAAUGUCUCCAACUUCAGGAGCACAGAUGUGUGAAGAAAAUGAUAACAAAGGACAAAAGAGAAAGCCUCCACCAACACCACAGGUCUGUGUGGUAAGAAUGUUCCUGGUUGGAGAUUUCUGACAAGCUGUCAAUCAUAUGUGCCAAACCUUUGCCUCCUCUGUCUCCCCAAUUUGCCAGACAUUCACAAAGCAAGUUGAAGAAUGUGUCAGUCAGAGCGGUUAUUUUUUUUAGAAGUUUCAUUUGACCAACAUCAGGAAUUGGAUUACAACUGGAACCAAGCAAGCUUAUCUCACUGUUGGCGCUUUUCCGCUAUACGGCACGACUGGACUCUACUCAGUUUGGUAUCGUUUUCCUGAAAUUAUUGGAAUCUUUUACUGAAAUACAGCAGUGCUGUUGCUAAAUACACAGACUCUGUUAAAUAUGGAGAUUUUAGACAUUUCCCGGCUAUAUGUUGGAGAUUAACGCAUGUCUCCAGGAUUUUUAAGUCCUUUUAACUGAUCUGUAGUUCGGCAUUGUUUGGUUUGAUUCCUGUGUCCGACAUCACACUCAUGACUCUUCCAGUGACUCUCUGACCAAUUGGAGUGCAUUCACACCAGCCCUUCUUAAUCGAACCCUAGUUCGGUUGUGCGGAAAGUCCGGUUGGUUUGGGGAGGUGUGAAUGCUCAACUGAACUCUGAUGCGCAUCAAGGUAGCAAACUCUGGUCCACCUAAAAACGUAGGUCUCAGUUUGCUUCAAGUGAACCAAAGGCAGGAAGCGGACUACAAUGCAGAGCAUUAUUUUAUCAAUUUUAUUAUUUAAAAAACAAGGCCGAUAAGAUUUGAUGCAGCUCCAUGUUCUGCUCUUAUGUGGCAGAAAUAUAGAUGAGCGAUUUUUCUUGUUCAUUGUUUGCUUUCUUCUCCUUCAGUAAUUUUUGAUGCAGCGCCACCUCGGGUGAGGAGGGGAACACGUUAUUGAAAAGGUUUGGUUUGUUUCACUGAAGUGCGGUCCCCCAAUUGUACCGAGUGUAGCUGUGUGAAAACGACCUUAGUAUCGGCUCAGCUGCUUGGAACCUCGUCAGAGCAGGUACUUAAAAAGUACCAGGUAUUAUCACUAAUGGAAAAGCAAAUAAAAAAAUGAGUAGAGUAGAGCCGUGCUGGAACUGUGUAGUGGAAAAGCUCCAUAACUAAAAAAAAUUUCUGCCCGGUAAAAUCCAACAAAACUGCUCUGACUCACCUUGACAUGGGCUCCACCAAACAUCUGAAGGUGUUUUUUGGUAUUGCACACGAAAACUAGUCUAGUUGUCUUGGGACUCCUGAUAAGGGUAUUUUUUGGAAGUGGGAGUGGGUAAACCUCAAAACACCACUCUUGCGUUUUUCCGUAGACAUACACUACUCUGUGAACAUGAUGAUGUCAUAGUCUCACCUCUGUCUUGUGCUGGCAUUCACUGUCACUUAUCUUCAUCGUCAUCAUCCUCCUCUUGUUUGGAGAUUAUUUGGUCAGUUCACUUUAUGAUAAUUUAACGAUUUUAAUUUGGACUUUAUUUCCUUCCUUCCCCCUGCCUUGGUUCGCUCUCUCUGUUUCUGUGAUCGUAUACAUUGCAAUGUAUACUCAUUCAAAUAAAGCUUUAUUAAUUACAAAAAAAAAACAAAAAAAAAAGUUUGCACACAGCAUGCAUGCUCAAUGUCUUCUUCUCCGUUUUUGGUGUAGCAGCGUUACAGCGCCACGCACAGGCCUGGCGUAUGUACUGUAGCGUGUAGAGUCGUUUUGGGCAUUUCGUGUGCAUGAAGACAUUCCUUGAAACGAUGCUGCGUUUACGGGGAACUUUUUCUAAAUGACAAAUAAAAAAGAUUGUUUACGUUUUUGUCCCAUUUCCGUGUGGACAGGGCCUCAAUACCAGGGAGACUGUACGGCUAUGUCAUCCAGUUUGCACUUGUUAAAGCUGCUACUUCGCCGCUUCCCACACAUUAACUUCACAUCCCGUCCCUUGACAGCUUCCAUUGUCACAAUGUAACCAAUGUUAUUGACUUCACUUAUCAGUGGUUUUAAUGUUGCAGCUGAUUAUUAUGUAUUCAUUUAAACAAAUCUAUACUUUGGAUUGGCCCUGUAAUUGAAUCCUUAAAAUUAGUUUCUCUUUUCACAUUUUUGAUCAAUAAGAGAUCAGGUAACGUUUGGCAUAUGUAAUUGUUUGGACACAAAGCAGGAUCACCUGGACUGGUGAAACACAGGACUGCCUGCUGAGAAAAACAGUGUGCAAUUAGUACAAAUGCAGACAUAGAGAAUGUAGCCCCCCAUAAUUUAACGUCAAGGCAUAAAUGAGAUUACAACCUGAAUGGGCCACAUGUGGCUUUAGCAGACAGCGGAUAAUCACACGUCUGACUUCAACAUGCUCGAUUGCACAUGUAUUUUAACUUACAUGUUAAGUGUCUCCAUGCACCUAUAUCUGCAUACCGAUGCUGUACGUGAGCUAUAGCUUGUUGCUGACUUGUCUGAAUGCCCGUGAGAGUUUCAAAUGUAUUAACCCAGUUCAGCUAUAAACUGGCUCACUAAAAUCAUACCCACUGUCAAACAGGGGCUUCCACUAACUGUUGAAUCAAUCGGACUGUUCAUAUUCAUGGUGUCCCUCAACAACCUUGUGAAUGUCUCUCAAUGUUGACUGCAAAAAAAGAAAAAAGAAAAUGUAUUAGGUUGAGAUGAAAAAGUGUUUGGGUGUUAUGAAAGCUUGGAGCAAAACUAUGUGUCGUGACAACAAGCUUAAACAAAUUCUCAGUUUUUUUUUUUUGUUUUUUUUUUAACACGAGGGUUGGACAAGGAUGACUGGAUUUUUCUGUACUUUCUCUAUGCACAUCUAAACUUCCAGCAUGUCAGCAGUGAGAUAAUCAAACCAAAUCGAUGACAAUAUCAUGUUAUUAUUAUCAUGUCAAGGAUCGAAGAUGCAUUUCUGGGAAUACUUUGCCUGGGGUUUGGUUAGGUGACAGUGAUCUAAUAGAGUUCACAUUUCUAGCUGGAUGGUUUGUCUGUUUUCUGUCUCUGAAUCUGUUGGUUUUUAUUUACAGUCACCAGAUUUUUUCCGACUGUCGUCUAUUGACCCUGCUUCACUUACGUAAUCAUUUUAGCUGCAGUACAGCUGUAUAUUUAGCGAGCACCAUCAGCUUGUAUAAUCGAGUGCACCCUUUGCUGAUCCAUCCUGAAUGCAGAUGUGUUUACAGCCUAUGCCACCAAUUCAGUCUCUUACUGUCCGUGUGUAUUUGUUUGUGAAAACAACGAUUCAGGGUAUUUUUGCUCAGUUGCUGUGCUUUACAAAGCAAGCUUUUGCUUUGGGAAUUUUGACACUUGUCUUUCUUAAAAUGAUAUCUGUGGUAAUGAUGCUCGGAGACUUGAGAUGGAAGUGAGAAUUUACUACUGCAGUCCCUGUGUAGUUACCGUCACUGUCAAUCACACAGUAUGACUGCCAUCCUGUGGUGGGUUUGUGUAACUACUUCGUGAAAUAAAAUGAAGUUGUUUCAUUGCU